GAAAUGUCAGACAUCAAGACACCAGAUGAUGGUUCAUUCAUUUGCAGUGAAUGUGGAAAGACAUGUGAAUCACUGUCACAUCUCAAACAACACGAAAAUAUGCACAAUUCUGAGAAAUCGUUCCAAUGUAAUUAUUGCAAGAAGUCGUUUGCAAAAUCAUCAGGCCUCCGUAGACAUAAGAAAUUACACAAAGCAAAGAAAGACUAUCAGUGCCCAGAGUGUGAUAAGAGUUAUAUAUAUUUAAGUUACCUGAAAGAACACUUUAGAAUUCACACAGGGGAAAAGCCAGAAAAAUGUACUGAAUGUGACAAGGCAUUUGUAAAACGUUCAGCUCUUGUGCGCCACAAAAGGACUCACAAUGGACAAAAACCUUACAGGUGCGACCAGUGCGAUCAGAGGUUCUCAGAAAGUGGAACUCUUAAAAAACACAAAAGGACACACACUGGAGCCAGGCCCUACAAGUGUGAACAUUGUGAGAAGGAUUUUAAGGAGGCUUCAACUCUAACAGUGCAUAUAAGGACACACACUGGAAUGUUACCCCAUAAAUGUCCGAUGUGCAGCAAAGCUUUUAACAUCAAACGCCACCUGAAGAACCACAUCAGAACUCACACAGGGGAAAAGCCAGAAAAAUGCUCUGAAUGUGACAAGUCAUUUGCAGAUAGCUCAUCCCUUCGGCGCCAUAAAAAGAUUCAUUCUGGAGAAAGACCUUUCAGGUGUGACCUUUGUGAUCGGAGAUUCCUUGAUAGUUGGGGUCUUAAGAAACACCAAAGAAGACACACUGGUGCCAAGCCAUUUCAGUGUGAACAUUGUUCUAAAUAUUUUGGGUAUGCCUCUUCUCUUAAGUAUCACAUGGGUGUGCAUACUAAAGUGUUGUCCUUUCAAUGUAUAGCUUGAAGCAAAGCCUUCAACAUCCAUCAGGACUGGGAGCUUCAAAUGAAAAUGCACACAGCAGAAACUGGAGACAAAUGUACAGAGUUUGACUAAAAAAUUUUUCUGAAGCAUCAGCUGCUCUGACUGGUGUUUGUGAUAACAGACUGACAACUCUAGUCCAUGAAACUGUUCAUGAAAGGGAGUGCAGUGCCUAAAAACCUUUUAAAUGUUUAUAUGAUCUUGAAUAGAUCAUGAAAAGAAAAACUUCCACAUCUGGUUAUGUAUGUAAGAGAUUGGUGUUACAAGUGCAGGUUAUAUGACAGAAAGUUUUUCAGGAAACAAUCCCUUGUUAUCCACAUCAGACUGCAUAAUAAUGUCAGUGUAAAGAUUAAUGUGCUUUGUGUAAUGUGCACUUUUCUACUGAAUCUCAGCCCAUUCAGCAUGGCAUAAUUCAAAAUGGUAAGCCUCCCUAUAAAUGUGGUUUUUGUGAGAAAAGGUUCAAAACUUUGAGCAAUGCCAAAGUCCUCAAGAGAAGGCUGCAUUGUGGAAAGGAAGGUUAUCCAAAGGAAUCUAAAUCCUAAAGGAGCAAACAGAAUGCAGCAGGUGUGAAGAAUGUUUUGUAAUUGUAGCACUGUACAUAAACACAAGAAGAUGUUAUACACUUUUAGCAAGCCCCUUACCUUCCCAGAUUGUUGUGAAUCUCCUGGUCCUGAAAGACCCCAUAAGUGUUAUCAGUGCAAAAAAAGGUUUAAAUCAGAAUAAAGUCUCGAAACACAUAAU